UGGAUCUGUUCUGUGCGGACAGUUCAACCGCAGAUUCAAAGUUACACAGUGACUAUAGAACAACAAAUGGUGCCUGUCAGGUUUAGUUGGGGCACGGAAGCUUCCUCUUAACUUCGCAGGGCAGUUUGGCACCGAGUCUUGCUAACAUUAAACAGCCCCGGAGUGUUUUUGUGUCCCUCGACGCUAGACUGGUUUGGGGGGAAGGCGAGGCUUCGGUUCACUUGCAGCCGUUUGGACCAUGUUCAAAAGGCUAAAGGCUCGGAAGCCUUCUGUGAAGAGGAGCCCAGGUCUGGUCCACGAUGAGCCGCCAGAGAACUUGUACUGCCGACCUCACUUUCUGCACCAGACUCCGAGAGAAACGAGCCUGGACCAAACGGUCAGACCGGUCAUAUUCCCUCCCAGAAACAAGAAGUUGCCGUGGAGUACGGGCUAUGCAGAGGUUGUAAACGCAGGCAAAAGUAUCUUCAAUGAAGAUCAAGCAACAUGUAAACAGCUCAUCCUCAAAAACAGAGUUAAUAUUGAUGAAGACUGGGUUUUUCUGUGCCCAAGUGAAGAACCACAAAACCAAGAGAUUAUGGCUACCUACUGGGGAUUAUUUGAUGGGCACGGUGGCCCUGUGGCUGCCAUCCAGGCAUCCAAACAUCUGCACCACUGCAUCAAGGAACAACUGGAGGAAAUCUUUAAUGUAAUCAGCAAACCUUCAACGAUCUCGCCCCCAAUCCACCUCAUGGAACACACAGGGAAUGAGAAUGAGAUGAGCUAUGCAAGGGAGAAAGAGAUCUGUAUUGAGAAUGUAGUGAGAGGAGCAGUGGAAGUCGCUUUCAAAAAAUGUGAUGAACUGAUUGGCCAGUACCAGAUAUCAGGUAAUGAAACCGGAGGAUGUACCGUCCUGGUGGUUCUUCACUUACAGGGCAAGCUCUACGUGGCCAGUGCUGGAGACAGCAGAGCAAUUGCAGUGCAGAAGAAUGAUGUUAUUCCACUCUCCAAUGAGUUCACAGCUGUCACUGAGAGGCAAAGGAUUCAGCAUCUGGCAUUCCUUAAGCCUGAGUUACUCGGUGAAGAGUUUUCAAGGUAUGAGUUUCCUCGCAGAGUGAAAAGAAGCGACAUUGGAAAGAAGAUAUUGUACAGGGACUACUUCAUGUCUGGCUGGGGAUAUAAAACUGCAGAAGAAGAUGACCUCAGAUACCCUCUUGUGCAUGGAGAUGGCAAACAGACUCGUGUGAUGGGGACUACCGUGGUUACACGUGGACUGGGAGACCAUAAGUUAAUGGUUUAUGACACGGAUCUCUGCAUAAAACCAUUUCUGUCUUGUAUUCCUGAGGUGACAGUUUUUGAUCUCGGACAACAUGAAUUUGGACAGAAGGAUGCUCUGAUAAUGGCCACUGAUGGAUUAUGGGAUGUCAUGUCUAAUAAAGAUGUAGCAGACAUCACAGAGAAAUUUUUAGAUGAACAGAAACAGGACCCUUGCAGGUACGCAAUGCUGGCCCAGUAUCUUGUACUUAAGGCAAGAGGUGUUCCGCACAGCAAUGACUGGAUUCUAGAAGAUGGCAGCUUUGCCUCACUUGAUGACAUAUCAGUAUUUGUGAUACCACUCUACCAUUUAGGAGGCACAGCAUAGCCUUCAACGUGAGAUCUAUGACAUCCUUGUGGGUGUUUCAAACUAACUUGAAGAUAUAUCAUUGGAGUUGAAAGGAGGGGAAAAAAAUCCUUCAACAUUCACCUGUGUACUCAUUUGCUUUCCUGAUAUCAACCUGAUCUGAUUCAUAAUUAGCACCAUGGCUCAUCUAUUGUUUUACUAGCUAAAGGUAAUGUGUACUGUUACUAAUUCAGAAAUACUCUUAACUGUACAUCUCAUGGCUUCUUGAUUCUCAUCCCAACCUGGUUCAUCAUGUCUAUUGUCUUCCUAACUGCAAUAUAGUGAAUGGGUAAUGUGGAAAUGUUAAAUGGUACUGAUGAGAAUUGUUAAUAGGAACACUGUCUGAUGUUUUUUCUUAAACCAUUCUAACUCACCAUGUGAAAAUUAUGGACAAAACUGGCCAAUUACCACUUCUCUGAAGUCACUGAAAACUAGUUCAACAACUUGUAUCAGUGGCCUGUAAAGCAAUGUGACUUGAGCUUUAUUAAUAGAGGCAAAUGUCAAUAUUUUAUCAUUUAAAAUUGCUGAACAGUUUAUAUAUGUACCUAGUUUUUUUUUAAAAACCUGGUGUUUCAACAGGGAGUCAAACAAUGAGAAAUAAAGCCAUGUUUGUACCUUUAGACCAAAUUUUCCAAUUGUCUGCCAGGGCAGAAAACCACAAAACCUAGUUUUAGCCAUUAUAGUUGACUGUUUCUGUUAUGCUGUCUCUGGAAAAGAAUAAAUAUGAUGCAGCAUUCUAUAAUCUAAUUUUCUAAUUUAGUGUACAAUUUAAUUUUGAUUAAUAUUUUUGGGACAAGCUGGAAUAUGAAUACCCCUGCAACUAUUCUCUGCCAAGAGUGAGCAAGCUGUUCCAACUGUUGAGAUGUAAUUGCACCCAAAAAGGACUAAGCACAAAAAUGAGAUUCUCACAGACUCUGUAGUUUUCUAUAAUUAGAUAAAGAAAAUUACAUCUAAUCUCAAGGUCUAGAUAAUCACAAAUUCUUAGACAGGAGUGCAUUAUACCUGAACAUAUCCAGCUUCAAGCAUCACAUUCUCUAUCAAUUUUACUAUAUUAACCAUUGUCUGAAAUAGGAUCCACAGCAACAAGACAAAUAGUUCCAGUAAUGUGAUGUUUAUGUUCCUGCAGUGGACUUUAAAAUGAGGUAGAUCAAGUAAUUUGAAGCAGUUAGCUUCAAGGUAAAAGAUGAAGGAUUACUAUUUAAAAUUAAAUAACCAAACACCGUUGGCAUGAAUUUGAUUAGAGAGAGGAAUAUCAAUCCAUGGUUUAAUUUUAAUGGCAACAAGGGUUGAAGGAUUAUUGCAAGGCAUUUAAUAAGGGCAGAAUAGAGCAGAACAACAAAGACCAUUUGUCCAAAUUAGUUCAAUAGCAGAAGGCAAUAGUGGUUGUAGUUAGAAGGCCAUUCAGUACUGAGACCUGCAGAACCCAACUUACUGUCUUUCAUUGUAUAUACUACUCAUUUAGACUCAAACAAUUAAGGCCACAGAUUUUUACAAACAGUUUACAUUCCUGAGGGCAGUAGCUCAACCAUACCAAUGGGGUGUUCACGGGGCAGAGAGGCAGCUGCUAGUCUUGGAGAAGCCUGAAGUCAUGCAUUUUCAGGGAAAAUGAGGCAAGGAGUAUUAAAUGGCAAGUGUGAAGUGCCAAAGGAGAGGAUAUUAGGGUAUGCACUGCAAAUAAUUCCUGAUGAUGGGCCAAAAUAGCCCCUAUGGUGUAUAUUUCUGAUCUAUAGCAGUGUAAAGUGCUUCUGUCCAUUUUGAAAUCUCAAAUUGGCCUUCAUUAUUUAUUUUCUUUUCAUUUCCCUUUGCUCUGUUCUUAUACCCAACUAUCUGGUUUACAUUUUUUUUAAUUUCACAUACCUUCACAGUACUGUGAGACAAAGAAAACAAAGAUUGAGAAAAGGGUAGACAAUGCUCAACAGGAAAUAAGUAAAGACAGUCUGCCUACUGUAAAAAAAAUAGAUGCUACAUACAAGAUCGUGGGAACAAAUUCAAAUGAAAUUGCAACAACCAGAGUAAGUUUGUGGAUGACACGAAGAUUGGAGGAGUUGUGGAUGGAGCUGUAGGUUGUCGUAGGUUACAAGAGGAUAGACAGGAUGCAGAGUUGGGCAGAAAAGUGGCAGAUGGAGUUCAAUCCAGAUAAGUGUGAGGUGAUGCAUUUUGGAAGGACAAAUCAGAAGGCUGAGUACAGGGUUAAUGGUCGGUUACUUACAGAGGGACCUUGGGUUCAAAUUCAUACAUCCCUCAAGGUCACUACACAGGUUGAUAGGUAGUUAAGAAGCCUAUGGGAUGCUAGGCUUCAUUAAUAGGGGGAUUGAAUUCGAGAGUAGAGCGGUCAUGUUGCAACCCUACAAAUCUCUGGUGAGACCACACUCAAGAGUAUUGUGUUCUGGUCACCUCAUUAUAGGAAGGAUGUGGAAGCUAUGGAGAGGGUGCAGAGGAGAUUUACCAGGAUGUUGCCUGGAUUGGAAAACAAGUCUUAUGAGGCAAGGUUAGCAGAGCUGGGACUUUUCUCUUUGGAGCAUAGAAGGAUGAGAGGGGACUUGAUAGAGGUCUACAAGAUUAUGGGAGGCAUAGAUAGGGUGGAUAGCCAGUACCUGUUUCCCAGGGCACGAAUAGCAAACACCAGAGGGCAUAUGUACGAAGUUAAGGGAGGGAAGUUUAGGGGCGACAUCAGGGGUAACUUUUUUUUUUUUUUUUUUACACAGAGGGUUGUGGGUGCCAGGAACGACUUGCCAGGGAUGGUGGUGGAGGCUAAAACAUUAGCGGUAUUUAACAGCCUCUUGGACAGGCACAUGAAUGAAAGAAAAAUAGAGGGUUACGGGGUAGUGUGGGUUUAGUACAUUUUUUUAAAGGAAUAUAUGGGUUGGCACAUCAAGGGCCGAAGGGCCUGUACUGUGCUGUAGUAUUCUAGUGUCUAGUGUCAUAGAUCUCCAAUGUUUCAAAGCAGAUAUCCAAAGGCAACAGUGACCAAUAUUACCAAAACCAACCCAAAUCUAUAUGUUAAGUAAAAAAUCCCAUUAUGGCUCCAUGUCAUGGUCUUUGUCUGAGAUAUGGGAAUUUUGCUAGACAGCCAACCUCCCAGGUAACCAUUUCUGCACCAGAUGCACCAAGCUGAAGCUCCCUCAAUUCCUGCAGCUGUGCUUGAAUGAACUUUGGCUCAUACAGGAAACCGGCAUAGUGAUAGAUAGCAGCUACAAAAGGACUGUCACCCCUAAGUUGCAGAAUGAUUGGUGACUGUCAAGCAGAGGAAGAGGAAUGGACAGUCAGUACAGAAUACCUCUGAAUAAGUAUACCACUUUGGAUAAUUUUUUUUUGCGGGGGGGGGGAGAAGAAAGAGAGAGAAACAACUUGCCGGGGAAGCUGCAGGUCUCUGGUGCUGUGGCUCAGAAAGGAAGGGGGUAAGAAGAGGGCUGCAGCAGUGAUAGAGAAUUCCAUAGUUGAAGUAGACACUUGAUUCUGUGGACAUGACAGAAACAUCCAAACAGUAUAUUGCCUCCCAAGAAUCAGAGUCAGGGACUUCACAGAUCAGGCCCGUGGCAUUCAAAAAUGGGGAAGGUGUGCGUCAGAAGUCUUGGUACUUAUUGGCACCAAAGAUAUAGGUAGGAAAACACAGGUAGGGGUAGAGGUCCCGAAAAGAGAAUUUUGGGAGCUAAGUAGAAAGUUGAAAAGCAAGACUUCCAGAAUAGUAAUCUUUGGAGUGCUGUCUGGGCCAUGCACCACUGAGGGUGAAUGCACGACUGAGGAAUUGGUGUAGGGGGCAGGAUUUCAGAUUUAUCGAUUAUUAGCAUCUCUUCUGGGGAAGGUAUGACCUGCACAAAAGUUAUACUUGAACCGGGAGGGGCAAGAUCCUUGCAGCAAAUUUGCUAGAACUGGUGGGGUGGGUUAAAUUAAUUUGGCAGGGGGAUGGGAAACAGUGAUAGGGCUGAGAACUGGACAGUUGGUAUACAAUCAGAGGCAAUGUGUAGAAGACUGUCAGGAAGGACAGGCAGAUGAUAGGGCAAAAUUGCAGUCAGUAGGAUCAGUUUCAAUGCGACAGGGCCGAAUACAGGAUAGAAGCUGUUAUAUUUGAAUGCACAAAGUAUAUAGAAUAAGGUACAUGAUCUUGCUCAGCAUUUAGAGAUUGGCAGGCAUGACAUUGUGGGCAUCACUGAGACGUGGCUGAACUAAGAUUAUAGUUGGGAACUUAACAUCCAAGGAUACAUAUAGUUUCAAAAGGACAGGCAGGUAGAUGGGGCAGCAUGGCUCAAUGCCGGAAAAACUUAAAUCAAAUCCUUAGAGGUGACAUAAAAUUGUAAGUAGAAUCAUUUGGGGUAGUUACAAAACUGCAAACGUAAACAGUUAGAUACAAGCCUCUGAACAGUAGCCAGGGUAUGAUCUACAACUUACAAUGAGAUAGAAAUGCAUGUCAAAAGGACAAUGUUAUGAUCGUCAUGGAUAGUCAAUAUAAAGGUAGAUUGGCAAAAUUCAGGUUGGUGCUGAUUUUGGAUCCCAGGAGAGAAUUUGUAGAAUGCAUUAGAGCAGUUUGUGGUUGAGCCCACUGGGGGAUCAGUUAUUCUAGAUUGCAUGUUGUGUAAUGAACCAGAUUUGAUCAGAGAGCUUAAGGGUAAAGGAACUCUUAGGAACAAGUAUCAUAUGUUAGGAUUCACCCUGAACUUUGAGAGGGAGAAGCCUCUCUUUAUUCCACUGUAAUUGGGAUACAGUGGAGUAAAAGGAAUUACAGCGGCAUGAGAGAGGAGAGAGUGCCCCCCCCCCCCCGUUGGUUGGAAAGGGAUACUAGCAGGGAUGAUGGCAGAACAGCAAUGGUUGGAGUUUCUGAGAAUAAUUAGGAAGGCAGUACGUCUUGAAGUAGUAAUCUAAAAGGCAUGAUGAUGUAACCAUGGUUGACAAAGUAAGUCAAAGCAAAACACGGCAUAUAAUAGAGUAAAAAUUAGUGGGAAGUUAAGAGGAUUGGGAAGCUUUUAAAAACCCAACAGAAGGCAACUAAAAGCCAUAAGGAGAGAAAAAUGAAAUAUGAAGGUAAGCUAGCCAGCAAUAUUAGAGGAUACCGGAAGUUUUUUUUCCCCAGAUAUAUAUAGACUAAGAGGCAAAUGUAGAUAUUGAACCACUGAAAAACGAUGCUGGAGAGCUAGUAGUGGGGGAGACAAGGAAAUGGUGGACAAAUUGAAUAAGCAUUUAAGAUAGAGGUUGAUAGAUUCUUCAUUCAGUCAGGGCAUGAAAGGUUACGGGGAGAAGGCAGGAAAAUUGCAUCAGUCCUCACAGUGCAAGACACUAGCAGUAUGCCAAAAGUUCAAGAAUAUUAGGGGAGAAAAGUGAGCAUAAUUGCUAAUACUAGGGAUUGUGGAGGCAUUAGUAAUGACCUGCCAAGAUCAAUAGAUUCUGGCAGGAGGACUGGAAAAUAGCAAAAGUUACUCCAUUCUUCAAGAUGGAGAAAGGUAGAAGAAAGGAAAAUAUAAGCCAGGUAGUGGUUGGGAAGAUGUUGGAGUUAAUUGUUAAGGAUGAGGUUUGUGGGAUACUUGGCACAUGAUAAAAUAGGCUGUAGUCAGCAUAGUUUCCUCAAGGGAAAAUCAUGAUUGACAAAUCUGCUGGAAUUUUUUAAAGAAAUAACAAGCAAAAUAGACAAAGGAGAAUGUGUUGAUUUUGUGUACUUGGACUUUCAGAAAGUUUUUGAUAAGAUGCCUCAUGAGGUUGCUUAGCAAGAUAAGAGCCCAUGGUAUUACAGGAAAGAUACUAGAAUGGAUAGAACUGUUGUUGAUUGGCAGGAAACUAAGAAUAGGAAUAAAGGGAGCCUUUUCUAAUUGGCUGCCAGUGACUAGUGGUGUUCCACAGUGGUCGGUACUGGGACUGCUUUUUACAUGUUUGUCAAUGAUUUGAAUGAUGGAAUUGAAGGCUUUGUGGCCAGGUUUGCAAACAAUACCAAGAUAGGUGGAGGGGCAGGUAGUGUUGAAGGGGGCAGGUAGUGUUGAAGGAAGCAGGAAGUCUGAAGGAGAACUUAAACAGAUUAGGAGAAUGGGAAAAGAGGUGGCAGAUGAAAUAUAGUAGCAGGAGGUCCAUGGUCAUAUACUUUGGUAGAAGAAAUAAAAGCAUAGACUAAACAGGAAUAAAAUUCAAAAAUCCAAGGUGCAAAGGGACUUUAGAGUUCUCAUGCAGGAGUUCCUAAACUUUGUAGGGCGAGUCAGUGGUGAGGAAGGUAAAUGCUAUAUUAGCAUUCAUUUUGGGAGAACUAAAAUAUAAAAACAAGGAUGUAAUGCCGAGGCUUUAGAUACCUCACCUGGAGUAUUGAGAGCAGAUUUGGCCGCCUUAUCCAAUGUUUUGACAUUGGAGGGGGUUCAAAGGAGGUUCGGAAAAUUAUUCCAGGAAUUAAAGAUUUAUCAUACAAGGAACGUUUGACGACUCUGGGUCUUUACUCGCUGGAACUUAGAAUAAUGGGGGGGGGGGCAGAUGUUGAAAGGGUGGAUGUAGAUAGAGUGGAUGUGGAGAAGAUGUUUCCUACAGACCAGUGGCUACAACCUCAGGACAGCAGGACAUCCAUUUAGGAUGAAGGGAAAUUCCUUGAGGCAAAGAGUGGCGAAUCUGUGGAAUUCAUUGCCGUAGGUGGCUUUGGAGGCCAGGUUACUGAGUGUAUUUAAGAUGGACGUUGAUAGAUUCUUCAUAAGUCAGGGCAUGAAAGGUUACGGGGAGAAGGCAGGAGAAUUGUGCUGAGGGGGAAAUAGAUCCGCCACGAUCAAGUGGCAGAGUAUAUCUGAUGGGCCGAAUAGCCUAAUUAUACAAUGUCUUGUGGUCCUAGGAAGAAGUGAGGUGGGGAAGAGAGAAUAUAAGUACCAUUAAAUAUCCACCGCAAGUGGAUAGCGUAUGUACUGCUUUGGUUUGACAUGGUCCACACAAGGUUAGGUUCCCAUUCUUGCCACUAGCCAGUUUAAAAUGGAUACUGGAUCAAGUAGAGUGUCAAUGGAUUAUGGCAUACUGCUGAAUUCACAGCGAGUACCCGGGGAAAAUACAAACACCUAGCAAUCUGUUUCCCAAAUUAAAAAAAAUUAUUUCCCUAUUUGUGUACACACCCCAUUUCUGGUACAGAGAUAAUGCACAGGCACUAAGGGGAACAAAAUUUAAAAUUUUUAAAAAAUGUACAAUUUGUUUCUAUUGUUUCAUAUCAAAUAUUUAUCUUAAUUAAAUGAAUUACAAUUAAAUACAAAAGAUCUGGAGAGAUGACAUCAAUACUGAAACUAAAUGUUUACCAGUUUAAUUUUACCAGUUACAGAGAAACAUUUUCAAGUGAGCCUUCUUUCAUCCAUAGACCAGCAUCAUACAGUUGUGGACUAUGUCAGCAUAUUUAUGUACUACAGUAGCUGCUCAUUAAUACUUGCAUGUACCAAAUUAACAAAGGCCCUUGGAUAUUCUUGAAUAUCCUUUGUAGCACAUAUUCUUGAGACAGAGUGGAAAGUGACCUAAUCCCCUACUAAUAACAAGGAAUCGGCAAGAACACCAGGAGGACGUCACCCAGCAAUUCUUUACUGUAUUUGGGAAGGCCAGGAUUCCCAGCUGACAACACAAAAUUAUAUCCAAUUGCACACUGCAUUGUGUGUUCAUGAUGCAAAAAAAAAUGUUCAUUUGGAACUGUAAGAUAUUAAAAGCAUGCAGGAAACAUGCAAAUUAGACUGCUACAGAAAGUUAGGGAACACAAUUAACUUUUAAAUACCUCUGAUAUUAAGUAGAGAACAGCUGUGCUGACCUUUAAGUAUGGCAUAUUGAUACUGAUUUAAUUACUACAGGUAAUAUAUUAAAUUUAGUAGAAAAAUAUGUGGAGUAAAACCUAAACCUAUUUUCCCCAGACAGUACCAAGGGCUAAUUGAAGAAGUCCUACUGGAUAUUAAAAUUUGCACUGAGAUAUGGAAAGGUAUCCCAGAAUAAUUCCCAAUCUGUGAAGAAAUUAUGUUUAAGGAGCAUGAUUAGCUCCCAUUUAGCCAAUGAAUGAUUCAACAGAUC